AUGGUCGCUGAAAACUACGAUGCUGUCCUCAAGGGCAAAUACCCAGGCAAAGACCACGCCAAACGCGUCGUCGACCUCAUCCGAAAGGACAUCCCCGAUGCGAACGGUAUAAUCUACCUCGAGAGUCAAAUGACUCGCAUGAUGGAAGACAGCGACGAGCCCCAACCCUUCCGCCAGCGACGAUACUUUUACUACCUCACCGGCUGCAACCUUCCCGACUGCCACUUCAUCUACGACAUCCAAUCCUCCAAAUCAAUCCUCUUCAUCCCUCCCAUCAACCCCGACGACGUAAUCUGGUCCGGCCUCCCCGUCAGCAUCGACGAGGCCCUGACACAAUACGAUGUGGACGAAGUAAAGCUCACCACCGAACUCAACGCAACCCUCGUCCACCUCGGCGCCGAAAACCCCAAAUCCUCCGCCUUUGCCAUCGCGAACCAAAUCUCCGACCACGUCUCCUUCAUCGGCUUCGACAACAAGAACUUUGAGGUUCUCAAGAACGCUAUCGAGGUAUCCCGUGUCGUCAAGGAUGAGUACGAGAUUGCUAUGCUGCGAAAGGCAAACUACGUCUCUGGCAUCGGACACCGUGCUGUCUUUGCAAAGGCCAAGGCUGCUAAGAACGAGCAGGAGCUUGAGGCCGUGUUUAUGGAGCGAUGCUUUGCACAUGGAUGUAAGAAGAUGUCGUAUGAUCCUAUUUCUGCGGCUGGAAGGGCUGCUGCUACGCUGCACUAUGUUGGAAACGAUGCUCCUACAGAGGGAAAGCUUAACCUCUUGAUGGACGCUGGUUGCGAAUACAACAACUACGCCGCCGAUAUCACACGAACAUUCCCCCUCUCGGGCAAAUUCACCAAAGAGUCGCGCCACAUCUACGAAACGGUUCUCAAGAUGCAAAAGGCUUGCAUAGACGUCCUCAAGGAAGGUGUUCUCUGGGACGACGUCCACGUACUAGCCCACCAGAUCGCCAUUGACGGUCUUCUCGAGGCGGGUAUUCUUAAGGGCGACAAGGAUGAGAUCCUCAAGGCUCGCACAAGCGCUGCUUUCCUUCCUCACGGUCUGGGUCACUACCUUGGUAUGGACACCCACGAUACCGGUGGCAACCCCAACUUUGCCGACAAGGAUAAGUUGUUCCGAUACUUGCGCGUGCGAGGAAAGCUGCCCGCUGGCAGUGUCGUUACCGUUGAGCCUGGUAUCUACUUUUGCAAAUUCAUCAUCGAUCCUUAUCUCGAAGACCCCGCGCACAGCAAAUUCAUCAACAAGGAAGUCCUAGACCAGUACUGGGAUGUCGGUGGAGUCCGUAUUGAGGAUAACAUUCUUGUCACUGAGACGGGACAUGAGAAUCUUACUGAUGUUCCUAGAGAGUUGGAUGAGAUGGAAGCUUUGGUGUCUGCAGCUUAA